AUGUCGUACCGCAGCGACAUCGCUAUACUUCGAAAAAUUGCUCGUAGUGCUCAGGGAUUUGCAAACUUCAUCUCUGAUAGCUCUUGUCUGACAUUUCCUAUGCGUUCCGUUGAUCAAUCAUCGUGCGCCGUGCUCGAUCUACCUCCGCCACAACCUCUAACUGCUGAACUAAUUGCUCUUGGUCUGGGUGUUGUUAUGGCGGAGCGAUGUUCUUCUGCUUUCAUGGACUGCGUUUCUAGAUUAAAGGCAGAGUGUGAAGUACAAUUCCAGCGUGGUAGCCUCGUGCUUUUAGAUGGACCGAACGCUCCAACCAAGACACAUUCUCUGCUGAGAGCUGCCUACACUUCGCGAUAUAUGAAAAUGUCUAAGGAAUUGGCAGAACAGGUGAUUAUCCGUGCAGAAUUGCAUAUAUCGCAGUUCCGGGAAGAUGAAAAUGACUGUGGUCAAGGUCAAUUCCAUCAAGACGUCGUGUCUGUGCUGGAGGAUUUUUUUGAAUGCGAUCCUUUCCCUUCCCGUGAAGAUAAGCUCAGUCUUGCUGCAAAGACAGCGCUAGAAUAUAAACAGAUCAAUGUAUGGUUUCAAAAUCGGCGCAAUCGUUCCAAAGGGGACCGAAACAUUUCACGCGAGUCUGGCUCCUCGGACACACAGCCCCUUGCUAUACGCCAUGUUAUUGAUAACAUUAGUAUGAACGACGAGGAUCAAGCCAGUCGCAACGGUUGCGUUGCUAUUAGCGACGAUCUCAAUACACCGCCUCUACAAUCAGCCGCUCUUUUCAGCGUCGAUCGACCUUUACAUGUCUAUCCAUCUGCCUAUCCGCCAUCCUGUUCGUAUAAUCCCUUCCCUGCGGAUACAGUAGCGCGUAACUUUUCCACUCCCUGGCUACGACAACACCAAUCUGAAUUUCAGACACGAUCCUCGUCUGUGGAUAUUGCCCAACUAACUGAAUCAUUCGCGAAGAUGAAUCUAUCGGAGCCCUUCCUGAAUGGUGCUAUUAAAGCAACUACAACAUCUCGGGCAGCCAAACGAUUCCGCAGUGUACUGUCAAGUUGUACCACGGCCGUCGGUUUCAAUACUACCGUACCGCGGGCUCCUUUACCUUCCCUACAUCAUGUUCCAUCAUCCCUGGGAGCUGUCGCAGUAACUCAACAAUCAUCAGUCCGUGGCUUCGCUGACGCUAUCUACAAGACGAAAUCCGAGACGCAGUUCAAACCGCAAUGUGUACGGAGAUCCCGUCGUUGCCCGACCGUCGAGCCUGUGGACGCCGCAUCCCAACCGACUUCUGUGCUAACGUCUUCCAUCUCUUCUCAUUUAUUGCAUUCGUCUUCGAAUUCAGGAUUGGUUUGUUCUAGUAAAUCUGUGUCUACCACAUUACUUCCUCGGGUUGGCGGUGCUAGCUCAUUGGUGAUGCAAUCUAAACCGACAUUCGUGCCUUCCAACCCAUUGUCAGGUUUAGAAGCCCAUCAGUUGUACCCAGAUGCCAGGGGACAGCACAACGAAACUUUCCAAGCGUAUCACCCGUAUACAUUUUCUGAUGGCUCUGGGGCAAGGAGAAAGCUGGCCGGCUUCACCAAACGUGUACCCCAAACGCCCACUGCCUUCCCGGACGAUAUACCCAGAUCUUCGCCCACCUUCUCCAUUCACACGUUAUCACGUACGACGUCGUCAAGUUCCAUGCGUUCGACAUCGUCAUGCAGUUCUGACGCCUCAGAAUCCGAGGGUCUCAUUACCCCCCCACUAUAUGUGAUCCCCCUAAUAUCGGAAGAUCACCACCCAUAUGCAUAUGUGCACGAUCCAGGACUUCAUGAGGCUAAGGCCGAGACCCACUCUAGUUCCCUUUUCGCUGUACAUGAUCUAUUUCUAGGCUCAAGAGCCGUCGAGAAUGAGCAAUGUACCCCAUAA